AUGGGACAGGUCAGGAAAGAUAACUCCGGACAUUCACUACCGGAAGUUGAUCUACUCGUGUCAAAAACAUUGGCAAAACUGUAUUGUUUUUCACUUUGUACUCAUUAUCUAGGACUUUUGUCUCCAUCAGACAGUGAGGACCAUCCUACUGACCAUCCUACUGACCAUACAGAUGAAAUCAAAGUUCUGUCUCUAAAAAGAAAAUUGCCUGCUGCUGCAUUCAAUUUUUCUCUGUCAGAGAAUGACUACAGUGAAGAAUUCAGCCCCAAUGACUCUGAAAGUACACAGCAAGUUUUGUCACCACUAAAAGGAGAGCUACCUGCUGCAGAAGCAUUUUCACCAUCAAUAUUAAAGAAAGGUAGAUGUACAUUUAAAUUUCAUAAAGCUUGUCAGACUGUUUCCUCUGGGGAGUUUUAUACAUUCUCCAAAUCAGUAUACACUGGAGCUGUAGUCACAUCUGGAGUUGUAAAUGAAAAAGCAACACAAACAAUAAUAGGUGGUAGAAUCUUGCUACUGACUUAUAACUAA